CACUGCAAUAGCAGCAGAAGGAAAGCAGCUGCAGCCCAGACUCAGCACAUCAGCAGUCAGGGAGUCAGUCAGGGGCCAGCACAUCCAUAACAAAGACACCAGCCUGUCUGUGCCGGCACAAUACCCUGCUCACCCACCGGAGCCUGCCCUGCCUGUGCCCGCACCUCUACCCAGCACUAGAUAAGACUCUCUACAAUGUCCUUGGGGAGAGACAUGGAGCUUGAACAUUUUGAUGAGCGUGAUAAAGCGCAAAGGUACAGCAGAAGCUCUCGAGCCAAUGGGCUACCAAGUCCGACCCAUAGUGCCCACUGCAGUUUUUACCGAACCCGCACUCUGCAGGCCCUAAGUUCAGAAAAGAAGGCUAAGAAAGUCCGAUUCUAUCGUAACGGUGACCGAUAUUUUAAAGGGAUUGUCUAUGCCAUUUCCCCUGAUCGAUUCCGAUCUUUUGAGGCUCUCCUGGCUGAUUUGACCAGAACUCUUUCUGAUAAUGUGAAUCUACCCCAGGGAGUGAGAACUAUCUACACAGCGGAUGGAAUCAGGAAGAUCAUUUCUCUGGAUCAACUAACUGAAGGCGAAAGUUAUGUGUGUGGAUCUAUUGAGCCAUUUAAAAAACUGGAGUAUACAAAGAAUGUAAACCCCAACUGGUCUGUGAAUGUGAAGACAACCGGUAGCCCUCGCGCAGUGCAACCUCUGGCUACCCCUAAAGCUAGCACCUCGGAGGGAAGAGAGGGCAAAGAUUUCAUAAGGCCAAAGCUUGUCACAAUCAUCAGGAGCGGCGUGAAACCUCGCAAAGCCGUCCGGAUUCUCCUGAACAAGAAAACAGCCCAUUCCUUCGAGCAAGUUCUCACCGAUAUAACCGAUGCUAUAAAAUUGGAUUCGGGGGUGGUGAAGCGUCUCUACACUCUGGAUGGAAAACAGGUGAUGUGCCUUCAGGAUUUCUUUGGAGAUGACGACAUUUUUAUUGCUUGUGGACCUGAAAAGUUCCGUUACCAGGAUGACUUCUUACUGGACGAGAGUGAAUGUCGGGUUGUGAAAUCUACUUCUUACACCAAGCUUCCUAAUAUACCACGUAGAAGUGCAACCAAAAGUCCAGGACCAUCUCGGCGCAGCAAGUCCCCUGCCUCUACAAGUUCAGUCAAUGGUACCCCAGGGAGCCAGCUCUCCACCCCUCGCUCGGGAAAAUCGCCAAGCCCAUCACCGACCAGCCCAGGAAGUCUGCGGAAACAGAGGGACCUGUAUCGUCACCUGUCAUCGGAUGAUUUGGAUUCAGUAGGAGACUCAGUUUAAAAGAGAAAAUGGAGCAGUGUUUCUGGUUUGUGACUCGGUGAUAGUUUAAGCUAAUAAACGUAACAUGACGUGAAACAAAGGCUGACUCUGGUUCAUAAAGUGUUCUUGGGGCACUAGGUAUGUUACAUUUAUUUUAUUCAAACAUAUUUGGUAAAAUACAAAAUUUCAGUAUCGCCUGAAAGACAAUUAUUAUGAGUACGACUUCCAAAAAUGAUCUCAUAAUGACUACAUCCAGAUCUGCAGUCGUACUAGGUAAUGCUUAGGCAUUGUUCCAGUAUGCUGAGAUUCGGGAGUUUGUCACUGUAAUAUAUGCAGCCUUCUGCAGCAAUUGUAGCUUUAGGUCAUAAAAUAUUACACAGUGCGCUACCAAAUGAGACUCAGCAGAGGUCAUUCCUGUCAAAUAUUACCGAUUCAGGAUGGAAGUUAUGAUACAGCCCUCCCAUUAUAUUAUAUCCCGCCAAGCCUAUAGAUACUAGUCAGUGUAAUCCUCAUUAUCCAACCCAUAUCACCACGUAUAAUUUAAAGAGCACCUUGAUUUGGAGGUACAGUGCUUAGAAAUAUUGGGGUGUUGUAUGAACAGCAAUUUUUGUAAAUAUUGUUAUUAAUGGGUUUUUUCCCGAUAACAGCGAGAGCAUGACAAAAUUAGAACAUGGUAGCUUCCCUGCCAGCCGCUAAGCAGACAACAGGCUGUUUAACAACAGAGGCCAGAUUAGAGAUUAGAUUGCCAGGAAUGGCUGGCAUGGGCUCAGGGCAACCACCCGAAAUCCCUCUCCGCUUCCCUGCUGUAUUUUUGGAUGGCUCUGGUUGAUAAGGGGAGUCAUUCUGUUAAUAGCAAUAGGAGUAAAAUUUCUUUCAUUCGGCAGAAAUUCCUUGCUAAAACUUUAUAAAAUGAGAAACAGUAGACUUACUGAAGGUAGCCAAAUCUAAAAGGCUUUGAAAAAAAACAUAGAGGGUGUAUUGGCACGUACAGUAUCCUGUGCAUAUUCGAAGCUGCAGAUUUUAUGUUGUAGAUUUCAAUGUAAACGAAUUGACUAUACACAGCAAUAAAUCUGCAACUUCAAAUCCUGCACAUCAAAUAUGCGCAGGAAACUGUACAUGUGAAUAGAACCAGAAGCAGAAUUUUUUAUUUGAGCUCUAAGGGAAAUUUUUAAUGAUCGCCAGGUUCAUCCACUUUGAUAAUCUAAAAUUUGUUAUGCUGGAUAAGAGGAAUUUUACUGUGUUCUGCAAUUGCUGUUUACACAGUUCCUUAAUAUUUUAUUUUUUUGCUGUGUCCUCCAAACUAGAAUGUAAUGGCUAAACGACACAUCCAACCUGCCUUUAGAAAUUCUAGAUUUUGUACCUUGAUUUUUUUUAAAUUGAUCUAAAUCAGGUACAUUGAAAAAAUAGGGAAUUAAAAAUGUAAUACAGGGAAGAAAAUAGCAUUAGUGUGAAUUUACAUGUGGCAGAUUUUUUUCUGUUCAAUCGAAACAUCCCCAUUGGGAGGAAUAAACAGAUUUUAGGUUGUAAAGAUCUCUGCAACAAAUCUGCCCUGUGUGAACCCUUUCCUAAGGUUGGCAUCACAUGGGCAUAUUGCGGCGGGUAUACACAUCCUUAUUACGGGCAAAAGUCCCGGCCUGACCACAGUCUGAUGGUCCAAAUUGACAGGUUUCAGUUCAGGUCAUCAUAUAGCCGGUCAGGCCGUAAUAAAAACAGGUAUGCACUCCCAUCAUACACUUGUGUGAAGCCAACCUAAAGCAGCUUCUGGGGUUAUAAAAUGGAGUUUUGUUUAGUUUUUUUGCUUGUUUUUUCCAGAAAGAGUGCCACUUUAAUCAACGGGCCUGGCAUUGCAGCUCAUCCUUAUUCAAAUGAAUAGAGAUGCAAUACAGCUCAUGGACAAAGAGAGGCAAAUCCUUAAUCGUAAUCCCAACUCCUUUAAUUUACAUCUCCUUGCGCUGCAGCAGGCGGAUUUCUAUUGAAGAUAACUAGUGUUGACAGUCAAUAUUGCAGAAUAUAAAUUUAGCAGACACUUUAGUAAAUCCCCAAUAUAUGAUUUAUUUAGAUUCUCCAGCCCCGGUGUGUAUUUUAUGAAUCAGUUGUGCAGCUUUUGUCUCGUUGUAUUUUGCUAACGUCUCUGCCAUCACGUCUGAAUUGCCAGGAAAUGAUGGACUAAUAAUCAUUUUGCGCUUUACUUUUAACCGCUUCUCUUGAUGGAUGAAUGUUAACAGAGCUCUGUGAUAAUAAUGCCUAAUUUAUUAAUGCAAAACAAACCUAUUCUGAUUGUAUCCAUUCAGUCGCUUAUUGAUUCUUUUCUUUUCAUGUUUGCACUUUUUUAAUUCCUUAUUAAUUAAUGUUUUAUAGGAACUGAACAUUGUGUGUGUCUGAGGAGAGCUUUGUUACUUAGUUAAUAUAUAGUUAUUAUGACAUUUUCUAUAAAAAAAAAAUUAUAAACUCAGGAGGCCUUAUGUAUCAAAACGAUCUCGGAGAAGGAAAAGAAAAAGCAGGUUUGUUGCCCAUAGCAACCAAAGUUACAAAUGAAGUGGUUGCUGUGUCUUUUUUUUUUCUACUCAGUUUUGAUACACGAGGCCCAAGGUUUUACAGUAUUUUACAUGUUUGUAUGAUUUUAAUUUUGCCUAAUGUUUUUGAGCUGAAUUCAGACUUAAAGCGUCAUGAUGGUCUGGCAGCAGGAUAUGUUAGAACUUUCCAGGUAAUCUCGUAGCCCCAAAUUUGUCCCAAGACUAACUCAAUCAGACAUAUUGCUGGAAGUCCAAUGGCAAAAGUCCUAUAGACUUGCAUGGAACUUUCGGCAUAUGAGUCUCAGGCUAUGAGAUUUUUGGUUUUAACAUAUUCUGCCCCUGGACCAUCAUGACAGUAACAGUCUAAAAGGCCCCAUAAGCGCCUGGGCUGAUGCUUCUCUUCCUGGGUGGUUUCAUUUUCCUGCUACGAUGCGGGGCUUGAUGAAUGUCAUAGAGAAGUAUAGGGAAAGGGACAGCAGCAGGUCCGAGAAUCGGACAGUCACAAACACAUUCAUGUGAACAAUCAACGGGACCAAAACCGCAUCUUAGGGUAUUUUACACCAUAAUUUGGUCUUACAUUGCAAAGAUAGGUCAUCAUCCUGUCAAAAUGGAAUGCCUACCUAUACUGUGCAUGGACAGACAUGAGCCCAAUAAACUUUAAUGGCCCGAACAUAGUCAGCAAAUGACUAAGGGUAUGUCCACACUACUGAAUCUCUGUCCCCAGAGGUCUUGAGCGCUAGGACCGUGCAGACCUGUGCCGUCACCGUCGCCAUCGCCGUCAUAAUGCCAAUGAAACAAUGAACAUAUUUAUUCUUUUGGCGGGUAAAUAUCCAUGACCAAAUUUUCUGCCACUGAAUUAGUGCAGCAGAAUCUCUGACUUUCCAUCGUGUGAACGUACCUUAUGUUUGGGUAAUUUCCCAAAUUUUAACCUGGUUUGACUAUGACCCUAAAGUAGCCCAACACAAAUGAUAAGAAUGUAGUCACUAACUGACUGUGUUUGGGCCAUUAAAGUCCAGGCCCUUACAUCGACAUCCCAUUUCCACAGGAUGUAUCCAUGCAAUACAAAGCCACAUUGUGGUGUGAAGCUUCCCUAAGCUGGCAAAUGAAGACACAAGGGAGCAGUAUCAUCGGCCCUAGAUAGUUACCGGUAAUCAUGGUGCAGGGCAAUAAAAAAAAUUAUUUUGCCCAGAGUGGCCCUGUGAUGAGGUGUUAACCAUUAAAAUGAAUUCUCAUGAUUAUUGGUUCUGUUACCAAAAUGGCUGAUGAGUAAAAUAUGGGACUAUGCAAAAAAUGAGAAAUCCAAGGAAUCAAAGCGCACACCCUCUUUAAAUGAAUAAGCAAACUUUAUUUAAUUACACAAGCUGAACAUUUUUAAAAAAUACUUAAAAACAUACAUAAACCAAGCCCCAGUCAAAUAAACUGCAGGUGUGACCCUUAGCGCCACAUCCCAUAAUAAGGUGUGAACCGAAUAUAUGCAAUGUAGAAAAUAAUUCACAUUAAAUAUAUCAAUACAUAUGAUUCAUCAAAUCUAAGUAGUAAUUAAGAUGACACCAAAACAUUCCUAAUAAAGUGCAUAAGUGUUGGAAACUCUGUUAUUUCCUGAGACUGCUAAGCACUUAUGCACUUUAUUAGGAAUAUUUUGAUUAAUUAGAUGUAUUUUCUAUAUUUAUUGUGAAUUGUGUUGUUCUUGGCUCAUACUUGUGCCCCAGAGCAUUACAUAUACAGUGACCCCCCGACCUACGAUGGCCCCGACAUAUGAUCAAAUCGACAUAUGAUGGCCUCUCAGAGGCCAUCGCAUGUCGAUGUCAGCAUCGACAUACGAUCGAAUUAAGUGCUAUCUGGCAGCGCAAAAUGCUUAAGCUGCUGCCGGAUAGCAGCUUAAUGUUCCCCGUGUGGUGCGGUAAGUAUUACUUACUCCUCCACGAUGCUCCGGGGUGCCCUCUGGGUCCAGCGCUGGUCUUCCGGUGUCAUCCAAUAGGAAUAACAUACGCAGUGGCGUAAUGACGUCGCUACGCAGGCCCAGUAAGGCCUUGCGGAAGACAGCGGAUGACUGGAGAAGACCAGAAGAGCCCAGCAGAGGACCAGAGAAGACCAGGAGAGCCCAGCGGAGGCCCGGGGUCACCAUCGGGAGCGGCGGGGACACCAUCGCCAGCGGCGGGGACAAGUGAGUACAGCUUCCUAUACUUUACAUUGCACGAAUCCCUCAACAUACGAUGGAUUCGACAAACGAUGCAGUUUAUUUGACUAGGGCUUGGUUUAUUUAUAUGGUUUUUAGUGUUUUUAAGAUGUCAGCUUGUGUAAUUAAAUAAUUUAUGCUCAUUCAUUUUGAGAGGGUGUGCACUUCAAUUCCUCAUUUUCCGCAUUAUGUAUACAUAUAGACCUUGUUUGUAGCACCCUUAAAAUUAUUUUUAGGGGUGCCCACACAGUGCAUAUGUGUAAACUAUUUCAGUGCAUAUGUGUAAACUAUUUUUUGCUGUAAAAUGGGGUACGCAUUAGAAAAUAAUGGGGAACAUUUAUCAAGAUGAUUCCUCUAAAAUGUUGUAUGUUUCUAUGUAAAACAAUGGGGUUCCUAUAUCUUAAUAUGUCUUUCAAUAGCUAAAGUUUUUUCUUUCUGACUAGGGCAAAUCUUACUUAUAAAAUUAAUAUAAUACAGUAUAAUAUUAGUCUAUACCAAGUAUCUGUAAAUAUCCAGUCCUGUGCCAUUACUACAGGCAGCCAUUUUGAAAGCAGAAUUGAUCAUUGUGAAUACCCUAGUGUAUUAAAUAUAAGCCACAUUGGGUCUUAUGUAUCUAAAUGUCCAGUCAGUUUUUAUCUUCUAGCUGAUCCGGAAAAAAAUAUUUUCCCUAAACGAGGCCCAUUGUGUGUCGCCUAUAUGUCACCUACACUUUCCUAUUGUUUGUACCCAGAUGAGUUCUGCUAUUGUAAUAUCCAUUGUUUGAAAACUGAAUGAAACCCCAUUGUUAAUUACUAUUAUUAUUAUUAUUGCAAACGUUCCAUUAAACCAUGAUGCUUAUCUACAAUAAACUCUUAAGAUGAAUACAUCAA